GGACAUAGUUGUAUUUUUAAGAAGAUCUGCUCAGACGAGAAAAUGUCAGGGAACGUUGUCAUGACCUGUAUGUCUCUAACGCUGCUGUGCGUGCUGAUUUCUGACAUCUCAGUCCAGGCCCUGAGCUCACAGCUGGCCACAGAGGACCCACUGUCUGCCCGUCAUUACCACCACACUGAUCCAGAGACAGGCCAGCAGCUGGUCUGUGACAAGUGUCCGGCAGGAACCUAUGUGUCUCAGCACUGCACGGCCACUAGUGUGAGGGAAUGUUCCCGGUGCCCGGACGGUACUUUUACACGUGGCGAGAACGGAGUGCCAAAGUGCCACCCCUGCGACCAGCCCUGCCAACCCCCCUUUGUUGAAAAACAUCCCUGCACUGUCACAUCGGACCGCGUGUGUGUGUGCCCAGUGGGCAGCUUCGCCCAGGGGACCACGUGCCAGCGUCACUCUCUGUGCCCUCCUGGUUGGGGGGUGAGAAAACGGGGCAGUGAGCGAGAGGACGUGAGGUGCCGGAGGUGCACACGUGGCACUUUCUCCAGCGUAGCGUCCGAUAAGCUGGAAUGCCAGAGGCACACAGACUGCCGUGCACUGGGCCUGGUCCUCGUUCAGAAGGGCACCAAUGAGACUGACAACGUGUGCAAACCCGCGCCCGCUGUAAAGCCUGCCAGCUCAGCCUCCCCAGGAUCUGCCCCUCAGCCACCGCAUCUAGACCUGACUCAACACAGAGAGGUAAAAAGCAGUGACUGCAGAGGCAUAUCUCUGCUCCAGUCCCGCUCUGGCACGGACCUACCAUUGGUGUUAAGCAGCACAGGGUCCCCACACAACACCAGCCUGUCAAUGACCACCACAGGUUUCUCUAGAACCAGCCCAGACGAUGCAACGAUCCUGAACACAGCCACACAGAACAGUCCCCCUGGGCAGCCUUCCUCACGGGAUCAGCUGGGGGAGAACCAGCAGGCCAUGGACAGUCUGCUGGAGGACAAAGCCCAGAACGCGGCUUACCGUCCCAUCCGCAGGGGCUCACCACGACCCAGCAUGCACAAGCACUUUGAUAUCAACGAGCACCUUCCCUGGAUGAUUGUUCUGCUACUGCUGCUAGUUCUAGUGGUGAUUGUGGUGUGCAGCGUGAAGAGAAGCUCACGUGUGCUGAAGAAGGGCCCACGUCACGACCCCAGCAGCAUCAUGGAGAAAGCUAUCCAAAAAAAAACGAGUUCCCCCUCACAUGCCAAGGAGAAGUGGAUCUACUACUCCAACGGCCAGGGUGUUGACAUUCUGAAGCUGGUGGCAGCUCAAAUUGGCAGUCAGUGGAUCGAGAUGUACCAGUCACUUGCCAACGCCACAGAGCGAGAGGUGGCUGCCUUUUCCAAUGGCUACUCAGCUGAUCACGAGCGGGCAUACGCUGCCCUUCAGCACUGGACAAUUCGUGACAGCGAUGCCAACCUUGCCAAGCUGAUCAAUGCCCUGCAUCGACACCGUCGCAUUGACGUGGUGGAGAAGAUCCGUGGCGUGAUGGAGGACAAUCCUCAGGUGAACAGCGACAAAAUCGCUUUGCCAGAGAGAUUAUUCACAUCUGUCUCUGAUUUAUCUCUGUCUCACGUGCCAGACCCCACCCAUAAGCCUUUGGAGAGCCCCAGUGUGCAGGUGGAACAGUCUCCGGUGGAACGCACCAAGAGCUUCUUCACUGACGAGUCUGAACCACUGCUGCGCUGUGAUUCCACCUCCAGCAAAGACUCAGCUCUUAGCCGGACUGGCUCCUUUAUUACCAAAGAGAAGAAGGACACAGUUCUGAGACAGGUCCGUUUGGACCCAUGUGACUUGCAGCCCAUAUUUGAUGACAUGUUGCACAUCCUAAACCCGGAAGAGCUGCAUGUCAUUGAAGAGAUCCCGAUGGCCGAGGACAAACUGGACCGUCUGUUUGAGAUUGUAGGCGUCAAGAGCCAAGAGGCCAGCCAGACACUCCUUGACUCAGUCUACAGUCACCUGCCAGACCUCCUAUAA